UAAAAUAUGAAGUUGUCUUUUGAUUAUUUCUACAGAAUUAUGUGGCUUUGUCCCAAGUGUCUUUGGAAAUGUUAGCAAGUUUUAUUAAAAUUAGAAUAGAAUUAGAAAUUGCUAAAAGAUGGCCCUGUCCUAUAAGCACUUACACACAUAACUUCGCUGAAGAACUUCCAGCGGAACAUAUAGUCAAACAUUUUCAGAUUAGUAGCCCAGAAACCUUUUGAUGAGAAACCACACCAAACCGAGUUCAUAUUUGCAACCAAGGCAUGAUGCAGUCUUUGUCCAUAAAGUUUAUUAAAAACCCCAUAAAGGGGACAGCAAGCAGUAAUGAAAACAAACAUCUGAACUGCCUGGAGAUAAAGCUACAAACUAAGCUCUGAAGAUAGCAGAUGAAGAUGUGAGGCACUGCAAGUGCAAUCAAGCAUGGCUUCAGCUGUUUUCCUGCAGACAUCAGUAGGACUUUGUUUCUUCCUUGUGGAUGGCUGCAUCACAGGGCUUUGUGAAUGUCUGUUUUGGUUUUGACUUUCCUCUGAAUAACCGUGGAUUUGGCGCAGGGCAGGAAAUCCUCUCAAGAUGUGGCUGCUGUCUUUUGCUGCUAGGUGCUGGUUACGGAAGCAUGUGAUUUUAGGCCAGAAUCACACGGGCAAGAACGCUGUCCUUUUCUGCAUUUCACCAGCCUGGAGCAUAGCUCAGCUGGAAAGCACAGGUGAAAGAGAAGGGCAUGUAUGCCCAAACAGCUCCCUGCCACUGCAGGUGGUGCUCCACAGUAUGUUCAUCUCCCCUGUUAAAAGUGGAGUUUGCCCUGACAGACAACAGGUUCUCAGGUUAAACCUUGGCCUGAUCAGGAGUAUGACAGAGCAUAAACUGACAAAAAAGGAAACCUAUACAGUGUUUUAAUGACUGAAGUUCAUUAAUGGCCUUUUGAGACUGGUAUCAGCCACGUGUCACAGUUGAUGGACACAAAGGUGAGUCUCCCCAGGACAACCCUAUGCCCAUGCUCGCCACACUGCAGCUGGCCCACUGUUGACUUAGAGAAUAGUGUGUAGGGUGAUCCAGUGACCUGUGAUGUGUGUGAGGCCAUCUGGUAACAUGACCUUUGGCCUUGAUCUCUAGAGGGGAGCCACAGUUAACCCAAUUAAAUUUGUACUUCAGAAAGAUUUGUUUCACCAACAGAAAAAGCAUGUUUCACUUGAAACGUUUCUGUACACUUUUUGGUAUGUUAAAUACUUGCUUCUGCAGAAGACAAAAGAGCACUAUGAAUGGAAGAGAAAUGCAUAAGAUUUUUCUUUUUUUUUUUAAAUCUAACAAUAACUAAUGCUUGGUGCAUCUUUAGAUGCUACAAAUACUCCAUACCUGUGUCAAUAACUUUAUUUACGAGUAAGUAAAAUGCAUAAGGUUAUUUAGAACAAACAGCAGAGAAUUUGUGCACAUGCCGACUGUUGAAUGAAGCUGCUGGUACAAGGUUCAAUUGAUCUAGCCCAACUGACUCUUGCCAAAAAUAGUCAAAGUCUAAAAUUAGAGUAAAUUAUCAACCCCAUUCUUUAAAAAAACAGAAACAAAGUAACCCACUGCAGUCCUCUAACAUUUUGUAUGAGGAACCACACCAGAAAUACCACUGCAGAAGUAGGUCCUCAGAGGACAGAGCUGAUACUAAGCCAUGUUUCUGCCUUGCAAGACCAUGUCCAAGUCGCUGAAGAAGAUCGUGGAGGAGAGCAGGGAGAAGAACCAGCCCGAGGUGGACAUGUGCGACCGCGGCAUCUCCAACAUGCUGGAUGUGCCCGGCCUCUUUACAUUGUCUCACAUCACACAGCUGGUUCUGAGUCACAACAAGCUUACAACUGUGCCAGCAAACAUUGCAGACCUGAGAAACAUAGAAGUGCUCAACUUUUUCAACAACCAGAUUGAGGAGCUGCCUACACAGAUUAGCAGCCUUCAGAAGCUUAAACACCUUAAUCUUGGCAUGAACAGGUUAAACACCUUGCCCAGAGGAUUUGGCUCUUUACCAGCUCUAGAGGUUCUUGACUUGACUUACAACAAUUUAAAUGAAAACUCUCUACCAGGAAACUUCUUCUAUCUGACCACCCUGCGUGCACUCUAUCUAAGUGACAACGAUUUUGAAAUCCUGCCGCCAGAUAUUGGGAAGCUCACAAAGUUGCAGAUACUGAGUCUUAGAGACAAUGACCUGAUAUCGCUGCCCAAAGAAAUUGGUGAGCUCACUCAGCUUAAGGAACUUCAUAUCCAGGGAAAUCGCCUUACUGUGCUGCCCCCAGAGCUAGGUAAUUUGGAUUUGACUGGUCAAAAGCAAGUCUUCAAAGCAGAGAACAAUCCUUGGGUUACCCCUAUUGCUGACCAGUUCCAGCUGGGCGUAUCUCAUGUUUUUGAAUACAUACGUUCAGAAACAUAUAAAUAUCUUUAUGGUAGACACAUGCAGGCGAAUCCUGAACCUCCAAAGAAGAACAAUGACAAGUCAAAGAAGAUCAGCCGCAAGCCUCUGGCAGCCAAGAACAAAUAAGUCUCUGGCUUCUGCCUGUUUUUAUGUCUUACAUUGCUUUUGCAUGUGCCUAUAAUACUCCUAUGCAUCUCCCGUUACUCAUAAGAAAGCAGACAGUAGCAGUAGAAGCAAUUUACUAUGUAUACUGCUUUAGAAGAUACUGCUGAACACAAAAUUAAAUAUUCCUCUAAUUAUGGUCACAUUUAUGUAGCCUUUUAAUAUAUCACUGUCAAACACGUUUUAGCUUUUCUAUUUAUAUGUAUAUUAAUGUCCUCUCUUCACAUGUAUCACGUCCUGUUAACAUCAGGGGGGUUGCACCUAUAUUGUACAAUAUUGAAUUUCAUAUAAUAUUCCAAGUGAUUUUAAUAAAGGUCUUUCUUUG